AUUUUUUUAUCUGCAAGCGAUGUGUUCCGUGCUUAUUUAUGGCUUAGACUCCCAAGCUAGGAGUUUGGCUGUCCAGCAGGACUCUUCUGAUUUAGUUCGUUUCUUUUUAGGAACUCUUAACUUAAAACAAGAAAACAAGAUUUAUUUGCUUGAAUACGACGAGGAGCUCUCACAAAUUAAUAGCUUGUCUUUUGAACAUCCAGUUGGCGAAAUAUGGAACAUAGAGACGAGUUUUUCUUCCGGACAGUAUUUAUCAACCUGUUAUUCUGAUGGAUUGAUGAAGUAUCGACGAGCUGCACGCAUUUGGAGAGCCAAUAUCCCUGAAAAGAAACUAAAAGAUGUUGAUGCUUGCGAAGUUGGUAACUUAGAAGCUCUUUUUGAUAUUUCUCCUCAAGAACAAUCUAUUAAAAAUUUGCUUUGGAACCCGUUAGGAGACACCACGUUUUUAUCAGUUGGCGAAAAGAAUGUUAAUAUGCAUGACUUGACUACUUUACAGUCAAUUCUGACGGUGGAGCCUUCUGUUUCAAAAGAACCUUUAUUUUCCGGAAGAUGGUCUCCUCACCACUUCGCAAUAAAACUUUUUGGAAAUGGUUUAACACGUACGAAUUUUGCUAAACAAAAAAAAUAUUAUAAUUUACACUGCUUAUUUGAAUUGCUGGAAAGUGAAAGCGUGAAAGAUCACGUGGGCGUGCUUACACUUUUAGUCACAUUUUCUUUUAUACAAGCACUAUUUGCUGCCACCCAAGCCACGUCUGUUCUCUGCUGGGAUUCACGCUCUUCCAGUCAAGUAUUUUGUAUAGCCGACGCACAUAUGCAGGCUGUGCGGACGGUGGACUUCAAUCCCAAUAAGCCAUAUAGCCUCGCAACAGGCGGAGACGACGGCUGUAUCAAGUUUUGGGACACGCGCAGCUGUAACGAACCGCUGAAGAUCCUCGAGCAGCACACUCACUGGGUGUGGAGCGUUCGGUACAAUCACUUUCACGACCAACUCUUGCUUAGUAGUGGUAGUGACAGCAAAGUUUGCCUACACAACGUUACCUCACUCUCGAGUGAUCUAUUUAGCCACGUCGAGUCUUCUGAAAGCGGCGAGGAUGCUCUUCAAUGCACAAGAAAGGAACUUUUUGAAGAUAGAAUCAUAAAAGUUUACGAAGAUCACGAAGACAGCGUCUACGCUACGGAGUGGAGUUCUGCUGAUCCCUGGGUUUUUGCGUCACUUUCUUUUGACGGCCGGUUUGUUGUCAAUCAUGUGCCAAGCGAAGUGAAGUAUAAAAUUUUAUUAUAAUU